UAAAAAUAAAAUAAAAUAAUGCCAUCCAUCUUCUUCCAUUCCUUCGUCUUCUUCUUUCUGCAUGAACCCUUCUGCCACCUAUGUCCCGAAGUAGGCCCCACCUUGAUGCAAUCCUCUCCUAAAAGACCAACAGCACCCCUCCAACUCCAACAUGUCCAUUUCAGAUACAGUGACAGCCUAGCAGGCAUUUUUCUGUCAAGAAAUUUGUGAUUCAUGUGAAGAGGGUUUGUUCAUCGUAAAUGGUGGCAGAGUUGUAUAUAUCUGCAGUUGUAAGGUCGUGUAUCAUCCUGUUCCUGUUGGCUAAUCCAACAGGGACACUUGUCAUAAAAUACCUUUAGAGAGAGCCAAUGUCCUUUGAGUGAUUUGAAAGCAUGUCUAAGGAUUUAUGCUUAAUUAUGUAGUAAAUGUAAGCAUGUCUAAGGAAAUAGCAGCAUUUUGUAAAAAUAAAAUCAAGGGUCUUUAUUAAGUGAUUCAAUUGCGAUCGUUUUUCCAUUCAUCUUUCGUUGUCUUUUCGUUUUCUUGCCUUUUUCUUCCUCAUUUUCUUGGAUUCAUUUGCUUUUUCUCCUUUUGUCCACUUACCAUGUAAAUGCCAUCUUAAUCAGAUCACCUCCCUUUCUUUCCCAUUUUCCAAAUUUCAUCAUCGAUCCCUUCACAUAAAAAAAAAGAUUUCACUGUCAAAUUUUCAAUCAGUAUUCUGUCCCAAUUAAUAUUUCCAUUUGCAAAAAUUCUCCCACACCAUAUAUUUUGUUUCAUGUGUUUCUUUCUCUCUUCUCCCUUGAGACUAUUCCGGUGAAUCCGUCACGACCGGAGAUAUAUUCUCCUGGCAGAGAGGGUUUGUGUGAUCGAAGAAGGUCGAAUGGAGAAACCACUCGCCGGAAAGUACUACAAAGAAAAAUGGUUUGGUGUACUAGUCUCAUUUUUCUUGUUCUUUGUAUUGCUUUGCUUUGAUUAUUCAACUUCAAUGUUGGGUGUCUACAGUGGGGUAAAUUUGUUAGUCAAUAAACAUGUUCGUCCAUUCUACCUCAAAGAUUCGUGUUUUGGCCGCUACAUUUACAUCCACGAUGAUCUUCCAACACGGUUCAACUACGAUCUCCUCGCAAACUGCCAGUCCCUUUCGACAGGAAGCAAGGCCCUUAGUGAUCAAGGUGCGAAUACUGGUGACAAUAUGUGUCCUCACCUUGUGAAUUCGGGUCUUGGUCCUCAAAUCGGAAAGCCCGGCAAGGUUUUGGCAAACAAGAGUUGGUUCAUCACAAAUCCCUACUUGUUAGAAGUCAUUUUCCACAACAAGAUGAAGACGUACAAAUGCUUGACAAACAACUCCAAUCUGGCUUCAGCCAUUUAUGUACCGUCAUAUACCGGCCUUGAUGCGAGUCGCCAUUUGUGGGAUUUUGAUCACAAUGUCAGGGACGCGUCCGCGAAAGAUCUUGUGAAUUGGCUUACGCGGAGGCCUGAGUGGAAAAUGUGGGGGAGAGAUCAUUUUUUCGUUUCCGGGAGGACUUCUUGGGAUUUCAGGAGGCCCGACAAUGGUUCUGAUUGGGGUACUAACUUAAGGUUUUUGCCGGGGUCGAUGAACAUGAGUAUGUUGUCGGUUGAAGGAAGUUGUUGGAGAAAUGACCUUGCUAUACCGUACCCGACAAACUUCCAUCCUUCAAACGAUAGUGAGGUUGUUCAAUGGCAGAACAGAGUGAAGAAGUACAAAAGGCCUCACUUGUUCUCUUUCAUCGGUGCGCCGAGGCCUGGCAUGCAAAAAUCGAUCAGGGGAAAACUUAUCAAUCAGUGCCAAGCAUCAAACAACUGCAAGUUCGUGCAUUGUGGUUCUCCUGGGAUUAAUUGUAACGACCCCGUUACAGUUAUGAGGGUUUUCGAGAAGUCGGUCUAUUGCUUGCAGCCUCCAGGUGAUUCACACACAAGGAGAUCAGCAUUUGAUUCUUUACUUGCUGGUUGUAUUCCGGUCUUCUUUCAUCCUGCGACUGCAUACACGCAGUACUUAUGGCAUCUGCCGGAGAAACAUACUAAGUAUUCGGUGUUUAUUCCGGUGAAGGAAGUGGAGGAUUUGAAAGAAGGCAUGAUCGAGAAAACUUUGCUUCGAAUUUCAGAAGAGAGGGAAUUGGCAAUGAGAGAGGAGGUCAUAAGGCUGAUACCAAAGCUGGUGUAUGCAGAUCCCAGGUCGAGAUUAGAGAGCGAAGACGCGUUCGAUUUAGCUGUGCAGGGAGUUCUUGAGAGGAUAGAGAAUGUUAGGAAGGUGAUUAGAGAAGGGAAGGAUCCUAGCGUUGGUUUUGCAGAUGAGGAUUGGACUAAAUUCAUGUUUCCGGAGGCACCAGAAGAAUAUUGAUUGAUGUAAAAAGAGAGAAGAAUAUGAAGACAUUCAAAUUAAUCAUAAUUUUACUGCCAUUUGUUUGUAGAAAGUUGUAUGAUGCUUAUUCCAGCAUUCAAAGAAAUAUAGAUUUACUGCUUUCUUUUAUAUACAGCAUAAAAAUAAAAUGUGCUUACUUUUUCGUUGUUU